UGGCCGGGCGCUGAGUCCUUCCGGAGGCUCCGCUGGCCCCGCUGUUCCGGGCAGCCCUCCCCGCCUGCCUCCCCGCUCCCCCGCGCCAUGGCGGCCGAGAUCCACUCGCGGCCUCAGAGCAGCCGGCCCGUCCUGCUGAGUAAGAUCGAGGGGCACCAAGACGUGGUCAGCGCCGCCCUCCUCAUCCCCAAGGAGGACGGCAUCAUCACCGCCAGCGAGGACAGGACAAUUCGAGUUUGGCUGAAGAGGGAUAGUGGGCAGUACUGGCCUAGCAUUUACCACACCAUGUCAUCUCCCUGUUCUGCUAUGGCAUACCAUCAUGACAGCAGACGAAUAUUUGUAGGCCAAGACAAUGGAGCCAUUAUGGAGUUUCAUAUCUCGGAAGACUUUAAUAAGAUGAGCUUCGUCAAGACCUACCCAGCUCAUCAGAAUCGAGUGUCUUCUGUUAUCUUCUGCUUCGAAGCUGAGUGGGUUAUCAGCACUGGCCAUGAUAAAUGUGUCAGCUGGAUGUGUACCAGGAGUGGAAACAUGCUGGGAAGACAUUAUUUCACCUCCUGGGCCUCUUGCCUACAAUAUGACUUUGAAACCCAGCACGCCUUUGUCGGUGACUAUUCUGGGCAGAUAACGCUGCUGAAGUUGGAGCAGAACACGUGCUCAGUUAUUACCACUCUCAAGGGCCACGAAGGGAGUAUUGCUUCCCUUUGGUGGGAUCCUGCUCAGCGGUUACUCUUCUCUGGAGCAUCUGACCACAGCAUCAUCAUGUGGGAUAUUGGUGGAAGGAAAGGCCGGACGCUGCUGCUUCAAGGGCAUCAUGACAAGGUACAGGCCCUUUGUUACAUCCAGUUCACACGACAACUGGUUUCCUGUUCCGCUGAUGGAGGGAUUGCAGUUUGGAAUAUGGAUGUUACCAGAGAAGAGGCCCCUCAAUGGCUGGAAAGUGAUUCUUGUCAGAAAUGUGAACAGCCUUUCUUCUGGAAUAUAAAGCAGAUGUGGGACACCAAGACCUUGGGGUUGAGACAGCAUCACUGCCGGAAAUGUGGCCAGGCAGUGUGUGGCAAGUGCAGCACGAAGCGCUCCAGCUAUCCCAUCAUGGGCUUUGAAUUCCAGGUCCGGGUCUGUGACUCUUGUUUUGAUUCAAUCAAAGAUGAAGAUCGUACUUCUUUGGCAACUUUUCAUGAAGGAAAACAUAAUAUUUCCCACAUGGCCAUGGAUAUCUCGAGGGGACUUAUGGUGACGUGCGGAAGUGAUCGUGUAGUAAAGAUAUGGGACAUGACACCUGUAGUGGGUUGCAGCCUCGCAACCGGCUUUAGCCCCCGUUGAUGCCUGCCGGCCAGGAUAAGUGCACCUCAUGUACCAAAUGGAUGAACCUCCUUCUAUGUCUUUUGAUACAAAAAUACUGGCUGCUUGACUGAAUGAACGCUGUUCCCCCCCCUCCCAAUGGACAGAGUGACUCCUUUUUUUUGUGGAGCCAAAUCCUUCUUUAGUGCUUACGGGAAGUGGUGGUGGAUGAGGAACUGCCAAGUUCACACCCUAUGGAACGAACACAGAAGAGGCUGCAAGGUCAGCAGGAACCCUGGCCUCAAAGGACUUCUGGUGACAUGACUCACUUGUAGUGUUCAGUGUGAUUUUUCUCUGCUGAAAUAUAUUGCACAGUGGCUGAGGGUUAAAAUGAGAGUAGUGACAAAAAACCCCGGUGCGUAUCGUAGUAACUUAUUCUCCAUCCUAGUGAAAUGUUGCUGUAGACUCAUUUGUCUUAUGAACAGCCGCUAUGACAGUUGCCUUGCAGGAACAUUAAAUGCAACUUUGAUAGAAGGAGGAAGGUCCCCCCCCCCCCAGCACAUCCCACAUACUGGAGAAUUGCAAGAGGGAUGAAUGUUAGUAGAGGUUAUGGGAGUAUUUUCUACAAAUGUAGUUGAUAAUCCUUUGUGAAAUUAGGGGUCUGUUUGGAUUUUUGAAACGACGUGAAAAUUAUCUUGAAACUAAUUUGAGCGGAUUUUUGUACCUGGUGCAAAGCACUAAAACAUAAUGCUUUCUUCCAUAACAAUAAAAACAAACUGACAUGUCUGUACCAAUCAAGAUCCUUCAAAUUAGAAGGAAUGUUUCUUGUUGUGUUGUAGUGUUUGCUGUUUAUCACCAGGGGUCCCUAGUAAAUAACAAAAUGUCUUUCAGAUCCUGUUAAUUUAUCUUGGGAAAUCAUCAUGACUAGUGUUGUUGUGUACUAUGUGAAAACUCCUCAAGAAGCAAGUGUUAAUCCUCAUUUUAUUCUUGUUUUUGGGAUAUGUGUACUCGGAAUUUAUCUGAAGGGUGACAUUUAUAUGAGUUUGUCACGGGUCAGUGUUGCAUGCUACAGUCUUCUGAAAUGUUGGUUUCCUGAUCAUUGAUGGAGACUUCAGAAAAAAAUACAAUUGUUGCUAAACAUCUGAGAUAACAGAAAUCUCAGUUGUGGGACAGAGGUAAAGGAGCAGUGAAGGAAUGAUCAAGGAGGAGUACAAUAUUCCAGCAGCAAUGCCUGUAUAAAUCACUGAAGAAUAGCACAAUCUGAAUGGAGAAUAUACCUCUUCUCUAUGAUUUUGAUAUAGUUAAAAAGCUUAGAAAGGUAACCCCAUUGAACUAGUAAACUUGUCCUACUUAAUGCCUUAUCGGGAUUGCCGUAGUGGAAGUGAAGCUUCAGGUUUCACUGGGAUGGUUUGAAAGAGGAAUCAUUUCACCUCAGUGCCCAGAGAGAAACUUUACCAUAGCUGCAAAUCUUCAUCCGUCUUAUAAAAACACUACUGUGACUUGAAGAUGUUAGUAUCCUUUCUGAAGUAGAAAUUAUCGUGCACAUUUCCUCAUGUUCAGUCUUCACAAGUUGGCCUAACUAGCUAGUAGCAGGCAAGCACCCCGGCUGCUAAUUUUGUCUUCUCUCCUCACACAUACACUGUUUAUCUGAUGACUUAGCUUCCUAAUGGUUAGUGGUGUAAACUGCAGAAUAAUAGCUUCUACCUCCUUGGCAAUUCCAUUUAUAAUCUUCCCUCAGUCUUUUGCCAGAGGAUGCUGAAUUUGCUUCAUGGCUGAGGAAUAUAUAUUUUUUGUAGCAAAGAGAAUUAACAUUAGUAGCAUUAGUGUCAGCUAGUAUAUAUACAGAAUUUUUGUCAGUAAAACAUCAGUUUGUUCAUACGUUUGUAAGCCUUGAAGUUUUCCAAGUGAGUCAGAGAAGACUCUGCUCAAGACUAUGUUUGUUGCUGGUAUAGAAAAUGGGGAGGGGGGAAUUCUACCGAGCAUUGUAACAAUAACUGUCUCAGUAACUUUGAAUGUGCAGCUACUUAAACUUGGAUUUACCCCAUUUUCCCACAAAGCUUUUCUUCAGUGGGGAGCAAAAAGCACUAAUGUAUUUCUGGCUGGUAGUAGCUGUGUUCAUGUGAAAUUCUGUAUCCUUUGUUAUCUGAGAUUCUGUUGUUGCUGUCCAUGUCUUUAUAUAAAAAAAAUGUUUGCGUAUUGUACAAUUAAAAAACAACUAUUUCCUGAUAA